GAUACCGAGCGUCAUCAAGCCACCAUCCACAAACAAACAGAAAUGCCCUCUAUGUCGAACCUCAGCAAAAGUAGGUCUACUGAUUCAGUCCUGCACCAAGAAGAAUGAGACAAUCUCAACAAGAAUGUAACACAAUGGCCUUCAUAAAUUGACAUCUUCAAGGUUUUCUUUGUGUAAGUUAUGAACAUAUAACCAAAGCUAAAAUCAAUUCUAUGUCACAAACCUGCCAACUCUUUUCAACACUGUAUUCUGUUUUGGCAGUGGUAGCAGCUGUCUGUUUGUCUAUGAAAGAGAUGCAGAACCAUAUUCAGUAGACUACAGCCUAAAGAAUCCAAACUGAAGACAUUAUGGGCUGUACGAACAUGAGUUUAUCUAUAUUGCUUGGUGCAGAUCUGGAUCAGGGGGAGGGUCCAAGAUCUCCCUUCUCAUUCUUUAACAUUGUGAGAUUUUGGCGUUUUCCAAAGUUUUCCUUGAGCAGAAAUGUCUAGGGGUCUGAUAUUUAUAAGUGUGUGCAAAUUGGUGAGGAUCCAAAUAAAAAUUUGGAUUCAGUGAAAUUAAAAUGUGGCUUCACAGGGGGACUUUAGGGCCUUGGGUGGAGUUAUCAAUGUUCAAUUCUUUUCAGAAAAACGUUUAAACAUGUUAUUGUAAAUGUUCGUGUCGAUUCCAAAGUUUCCAAUGACAUGCAGGAUGGGUUUGUAUAGAGAAUACAUCACAAAAUGUAGAUUAUUUUAUUGAUUUUGAAUAAUACGUUGAUUAACAAGGAGUUUCAUGUUUACAUAUUUGACUCUUUGUGAACAUCAUAUAUUUUUAAGAUCGAGGCCGAAGAAGCUAUGACAGCUCAUCAAACUGUGUGUCUUGUUCUUCUAGUAAUGAUAAUAAGGCGGGAGCAGCAGCAGCGUGCUGGGUGAGCAGCAGCAGUCUCGUGCUUCCGGCUUGCCGCGCGUCUAUUCUCGCGAUAUCCGGCGAGACUCCGCUCUCUUCUCGUCCAGCAUGGCGGCGCUGUAUGAGGGAUACACGUUGUGCGGACUCGUUCCGGCUCAAACUUUGUCGAACUCGGGCGUCCAGGGCAUCGAACAGGAGCGAGACAGCGACCACGUCGUCGUCACGGACUCCACCAGAUGUGUCACCCUGUACAAAGUGUCAGACCAGAAGCCACUCGGCAGCUGGACAGUUAAACAAGGUCAAACUCUGACCUGCUCAGCAGUCUUCAAUUCACAGACCAAGGAAUAUGUGGCCAUCACAGAUUACAAGGUGAUCCGAAUAUGGAAGGAAGAAGACAUCGUCUUAGAAAAGGCCUUCAAAGCAACAGUGUCAUCAGCUGUCUGGAAGGUCCAUUGUGUGGAUGGAGCGGAGCCUGUGGUCUUAUUUCAGAAAGGAGCUGUGAGACUGCUGGACUCGCUGCUCUCGGCUCCCCAGCAGCCCAUAGAGGAAGUCCUGUCUCAAGAAGAGGCCAUUAGGUGGAGCACCAACAUAGUGGCAGAGACACAGCAGAUUGUCGUCUUCACAACUGAACAGAAAGGAGAUCAUUUCCUCUACCUGCAGAGACUGAACCCGAACACCCUACAGAGGUACCGGCUGGAGAGAGAAGAGCCUGGUGUCGCCCCGCUCAGCUUCUCUGCCUCCUACAGGGAUAAACACAUCCGCCUGCUUUAUCUCUACCCUAACGGCCAUGUGUACCAGAGUGUGGUCUCUGUGCGAGGCCUGGCGACUGAAGAGGGAACUCAGGCUCUGUACCUUCCCCGUAGCCUGCUGCUGGCUCUUCCUGUGGGCGAGGGCCCGCUGGAGGCAGCAUCAGCCCUUGUCCUGGAUGAAGCCCAUGUAGCUGUUGUCGGUGUUCCACAUCCCUCUGCUGGAGCUGGUAAAGACUUUCUCUGCAUCUGGAAUACCAAUUUCCAAACGCUUCAGGCGGGAAAAGAAAUGGCUGGUAAAAUCUAUGGGCAGCUAUGGUGUUAUUCCAACAAGUUAUUCAUUCCACAUGGGAAAAGCCUCUCUGUUAUCCCAUUUGUCUGCCCCACAUCCUCACUGGCCUAUGCACUGGGGAAACUGAAGCAGGCCAAGACUGAAGAUUCCAAAGCUCCAGCUUCUGUGCCAUCUUGGAACAACAUUCUGCACGGGGAGAAGGCUCAGCCCUCCAGAAUGGUGGAGGCCAGGAAGACGAGAACAACGCGUAAGACUCAGUCAACUCCUUGUUUAACAACCGACCAAGUUCUGGAGCUCAUUAAGACGGCCCCAGUAGAAGAUGUCCAGAAAGAGGUGGAGGGGCUUCUGUCCAGAUCCGACGUCCAGGACCUGCAGCCCUCAGUGGGGCGGCUUGUGUCAGUCCUCGUGUCCAGGAGCCUGGCUGAUCCAGCUUUCUACACCCCGAGCACCCUGGCUCAGCUGGUGCACACUCAGGGCCUCUGUCACAGUGUGUGUCCUGACCUUGUGCUGCUGGCCCUGGAGAGGAAGGAUUACUUUCUGUGUCAACUCUGCUUGCAGUUCUUCCCUGACAUCCCCGAAGCUGUCACUUGUGCCUGUCUGAUGGCCUUUAUCAGUAUGCCAGACGUUGAUGCAGAGAAAGGGAGCCUGGAGCCCGACAGUGUCUCCUUCAUGGAAACCCUCGUAUCUCAGGAGCGUGGCCAGGUCGGCUUGCAGAACGGUUUCAGCCCCAGCUCCUUGGACGAGCAGCACUCAGACGCCCACAGAGGAGGUGAUGCCAUCAUCACCAACGCAGAAGAAAAGGAGAAGACCUCAACUCCCACUGAACAGAUGUGUCCCGUGGGAUUACACAAGGCUGUUCUACUAAAUGAGGUGUUGCAGACGGCGUACAGCGACACUUUCCUCCUCCCACACCUUAAAGAUCUCUCCUCCCAGCAUGUCGUUCUUUUCCUCCAGUAUCUGCAGUUCCUCUACCUAAAAUUUGCCCAGGAUGCAGUGCCACAGAUGGGAUUGAGAUCACCAAAUCUGGCUCAGGUCAUGGACUGGGUUUGCUUGGUGCUGGACGCUCAUUUCACUGUGCUGGUGAUGACCCCAGAGGCCAAAGGAUUACUAAAGAACCUCCACAACUUUGUUAAGUCACAGGUGAGACUGGUUUCAGAGCUUGGAAAGAUCGAGAGCAGCCUCCAGGAGCUCAACAAGAUGAAAGAAAAGAGGGACAUUGGACAAUACUCCAUUGAAGUCAUUGAGCUGUUUUAGAAUGUGUACAGAAUACUUUUAAUAAACCUUCAAGCAGAUCGUCUCCUCCCAACUGUUCACCUGAAGGGGUUUCAGGGUUGUUUCCAUGUCUCGACUGGUUUUAGAAGUGCUUUUUGGCGCAGAUGCUCACCACCCAACUCAAGUUGCAUGAAUUUCACUGAAGACAUUGAACUGACUUGCAGUUCAAUCUGAACUGUUUUAAAUUUGUGUAAGCCAAUGAAAAUGUGUCCAUUCUGAUGACUUCAAUUGCAUGAUUUAUUUACACUGAGUUUGGUAUAAUACAUACAAAAGCAACUUAAUACAGCAGUAUGGGGACGUUAUUAACCUUCAUUCAUAAUGAGAGCCGGAGUGACUGGUUGUAUUUUGUAUGUCACACAGCUGGAUAUGUGUAAGUGUGUCAGCUGGGACUCUACAGGGUUUCCGCAGGAGAACCUCAAAUGUUGAAUACAAUUGUAUAACAAAAGAAAACAGUUAAUGUGUGACUUUAUUUUUAUUAAACGAUCAAGGUUGAAAAGCAACCAGUGUUGGAA